AUGUCUGACGACAACGACGCUCGAUCUAUUUCUUCCUCUGGCAAUAUCUCCCAAGGAGGCAGAUCGGAUUCCGUGAAUUCGGCAAUUUCCGACAACGAAAUCAUGAUCCACCAACCCAUCCCAACGCGUCCUCGACUCCCCAGCCGGAAAAGCAGCGGACCGUUGGUUGUACCACGCGAUAGUUCCGCCGUAGGUCCCAUCGAGCCAGAUUUCGGUCCAGACGAUGUACGAGCCAUGAGCCCACGUCGAACGACAGAGGACAUUGACCAAAUGGGAAAAGAGGCUCGUGAGGAAAUGCGAAGGCACGCCAAAGCUUUGCAGGAUUCGUUGAUAAUGAUCUUCAAUCGCAUCGAGGCUGUCAAGGAAGAACACGACAAACUUGAUAAUAACAACAAAUUCUUACAGAAGUAUAUCGGAGACCUCAUGAGCACCAGCAAAAUUACAGCAACCGGUGGUCGCGGGAAGAAGUAA